AUGCAUCUUAUCGGCAGAAGAGCUUCAUUACUUUCCAUCCUAGCCGCCUCAGAGUUUAUGCUCUUUGGUGCUCCAGGAGCAAUGGCAGCACCGAUUACUCCCGGGAUGGAGCCAAUUAUCGAAGAAUCCACAUCUAAUAUGACCGGCACAGUCUCAGGGGGCUCCGAACUCGUGGAAAGGGCAGCAAAAAGCUGGUGGGUUCCCACGCAGGCUACGACAUGGCAGAUUCAACUUUCUGGGACGAUUAAUCAGGAUGUCGCUGUUGAUGCUAUCGAAAUUGAUGCCGAUACCGACAAGGCUACUGUUAAGGCCUUGAAAGCCAAGGGUAUGAAGGUCAUUGCAUACCUUUCCGCCGGCUCGUGGGAAGAUUGGAGGUCAGACGCUGGCAGUUUUCCGGAAAGCAUUCGCGGUAAAGAUCUAGACGGUUGGCCUGGUGAAAAAUGGCUUGAUAUACGCCAAAUUUCUACCUUGAGGAAGUUGAUGAAAAAGAGAGUCUUGAAGGCCAAAGCUAAGGGUUUUGACGGUGUCGAUUGGGAUAAUGUUGAUGGAUAUACCCAAAAUUCUGGAUUUAAAAUCACCAAGUCCCACCAACUCGCCUACAAUAAGAUGUUGGCGGACAUCAGCCACAGCUUGAAGAUGACGGUUGCUUUGAAGAACGACCUCGACCAGGCCAAAGUGCUCGCUCGUUACUUCGACUAUGCUGUCAAUGAACAGUGCAGUUACUACAACGAGUGUAAUUUACUGGAGCCAUUCCUAUCGACCGGCAAGGCAGUCGUUGGAUUGGAAUAUCCAGGCGAAGGCGACGAUACCCGUUCACAAGCUCAGGUCAUUGCUGCUACCGACCCCAGAACUUAUACGCUCAUCAAGAAACUGGACCUUGGAGAUUGGGGGUUCUCAGUUCAGCAAAAUGCAGAAAUUACUAGCAGUACUAGUUCCGAGAAAAAGUCAUCGUCGAAGACGACCAUCACGAAAGCGGCGGAGCUGAAGGCAGCUAUUCAAAAGGCAAGGGAGGCUGCAAAACCAGGCCCCGAAGAAUAA